GAAUGGCAGCAGAAAUGGCUCUAGUAAAGCCCAUUUCAAAAUUCAACACCUCCAUCCCAAAAUUGGGCAGCUCGAGGUGUUCCAAGACAAGAUUUUUGAGCGUGAAAAUGGCGUCCGCUGCGAGCCCGGCGAGCAAGAAGAAGAGCCAGAAGCAAGAGAUAAAGGAGUCUCUUUUGACGCCGAGGUUCUACACCACUGAUUUUGACGAAAUGGAGCAGCUUUUCAACACGGAGAUCAACAGCAAGUUGAACAUGGGUGAGUUCGAGGCUCUGUUGCAGGAGUUCAAGACCGACUUCAACCAGACCCACUUCGUCAGGAAUAAGGAAUUCAAGGAGGCUGCUGACAAGCUGCAGGGCCCCUUGAGGCAAAUCUUUGUCGAAUUCUUGGAGCGUUCUUGCACUGCUGAGUUCUCUGGUUUCCUUCUCUACAAGGAGCUCGGCCGCAGGCUUAAGAAAACUAACCCUGUAGUUGCUGAGAUUUUCUCUCUCAUGUCCAGAGACGAAGCCCGCCAUGCGGGGUUCCUGAACAAAGGUUUGUCUGACUUCAAUUUGGCUCUGGAUUUGGGGUUCCUUACCAAGGCCAGAAAGUACACUUUCUUCAAGCCUAAGUUCAUAUUCUAUGCAACAUACUUGUCUGAGAAGAUUGGAUACUGGAGAUACAUUACCAUAUACCGGCACCUCAAGGAGAACCCCGAGUAUCAGUGCUAUCCCAUCUUCAAGUACUUUGAGAACUGGUGCCAGGAUGAGAAUCGCCAUGGUGAUUUCUUCUCUGCUCUGAUGAAGGCUCAGCCGCAGUUCCUCAAUGACUGGAAGGCGAAGCUGUGGUCCCGCUUCUUCUGCCUCUCUGUUUAUGUGACUAUGUACCUUAAUGAUUGCCAAAGAAGUGCUUUCUAUGAAGGCAUUGGUCUUGACACAAAGCAAUUUGACAUGCAUGUUAUAAUUGAGACGAAUCGCACGACUGCAAGGAUAUUCCCUGCUGUGUUGGACGUUGAGAACCCAGAGUUCAAGAGGAAAUUGGAUAGGAUGGUGGAGAUCAACACAAAGCUUCUGGCGGUCGGGGACACUGACGACAUCCCAUUGGUGAAGAACCUAAAGAGGAUCCCUCUCAUUGCAGCUCUGGCUAGUGAGUUGCUUGCUGCAUAUCUCAUGAAACCCAUUGAAUCUGGUUCAGUGGACUUUGCUGAGUUUGAGCCACAGCUUGUUUACUAAUUCUUUAGUUAUUUCUAAUCCGUAGAGCAGAGUACGACAGCUUAUCAUUGUAUAAUAGCUAUGAACAAAGCAUGGGAAAACAUUGUAUGAAUCUUGCACUCUACAUGUAGUAAAAAUGGAAUGAACAAUGCCUUGGAUUUCAA